AGGGAACCAGUUAGAUAACUGGGGUAAACAAUAUGGCGGCGAGUGGUGGACAGUUGCGACUAUUUUGUGGCGUUUCUCUUGCAGUUUUAUUCUUUCUCCUUCUUCAUUGUGAUUAUAUCUGUACUUCAAAACCAACAAUUGUUAUAAAACAAUCCAUGCCGCUUACAUCAGAUUGUACUGAUAACACUGGUGCAGUUGUUGGGCAUGAAGCAACAUGGCCUACCUCUACUGGCUCCUGUGAUAAAAAUAAAUGUUGGCAUGGGACACUAAAGAAGUUUGUUCUAACAUACAGUUGCCCCUCCCUGAAUACUGGUGAAAAUCCAGAUAGUGGCAAUUGUUUUGAAACAUCCAAUACUGGUUUGAGUUUCCCAGACUGCUGUCCAACACUCAGUUGUAAUUCCUCUGUACCAUUGACAACUCUGGCACCAACAGCUUGUUAUGACCUGAGCUCAGAUUUUGCCUGCAGUGUUUGGUCAAACAUGACCAGCGGAUGUCGGAAUGGGACCGAUGGUUAUGCAGACAGGAUAUACAACUACACAACCAUCUUCUGCAGGAAAACCUGCGGAUUUUGUUAGACAGUUGAGCCCAGUGUGUGAAGAUUACCGGUAUUUAUUCCGUCCAGGAUAAUUUGCAAUCAGGAGAAAAUACUAUUGUAAAUUUUUGUUUUAUUUACAUGUAUAUGCAUAUAUAGUACAUCUCCUUCUUACAUAUCCUCAAACUAUUUUUUGUAUUUGAUUGUACGAGGGUUGUCCCAAAAUUUCGUAGACUGGGCUCAUAUCUUUCAAAGAAAUUAAUGUAUCUUUAUAAAAUCAUGUUUACCUGAAAACUUUUCGAGAAAUAACUUUUCAAGUGAUAUUGUUCUCUAACAUCUGGAGCAAUCUGCAAUGUCAAAAAAUGCAAAUGUCAACGAGUCUAAUUUUUGGCGAAAAUAUUUCAAUUACCAGAAUCAAAUUCUUAAAUUAAACAAAACGAUUAUAGUUAUAAAUGUGAAAUAUCUUAAUUACGAUGAUAUGAUAAAACUUUAAAAUAUGUUAACAAAUUAUAUGCAUGUACCGGUAUGAAAUAAUAAUUAUU